AUGGACCACGGAGGAAUGGGCAGCGAUGGCGUGGCCUGCAAGGUCGAGUCUCAGAUGCUGUGGAAUUGGAAUACAAUUGACGCGUGCUUUCUUGCCUCGUCUUGGCAGAUCAAGAACCAAGGAAUGAUGGCCGCUACUUGCAUCGGAGUUAUCCUUUUGGUAAUUCUCGUCGAGUUCUUCCGUCGUCUAGGAAAGGAAUACGACGCCCUUCUUCAACGAGGCUUCGAACGCCAAGCUACGACUCACAGCGUUGCUCUCGCCGCCGCCGGAUGCACGGGAGCGGUUGUGCCCACGCGACAGACUCUCACCUACCGCGCAUCGCCUCUCCAGCAGUUUAUCCGCGCCUUUAUCCACGCCGUUACAUUCGGAGGAGCUUACAUUGUGAUGCUUUUGGCAAUGUACUUUAACGGAUAUGUCAUCAUCUGCAUCUUUAUCGGUAGCGGAUUGGGCAAGUUCUUCUGCGACUGGCUUGUCGUGAGGAUCGAUCUGGAAGGACUAGACGGUCCCGAGGACAAGAACAAGGGGAUCGAGGAGACCACGGUCUGCUGUGGUUAG